AUGCUGACAGGAGACGAAGGGGAAGAAGAGGCGGCGGCGGCCGGAGCGGCCGCUCCUCCCCUCAGCCCUGCCGCCUCGCCCUCGACGGCCGAGGCCGCCCUCCUCACCCCCGCCGGGCAAGAAGAAGCCGAGGAUGAGGGGGAAGAGGAGGCGGCGGAAGAAGCCGAGGCGGAGCGGGACGCCCGGCAGCGCUACGAGGAGCUGUGCGGCAGCCUCAACAUGGACGAGCGCGCCCGGGCCGAGGCCUGGCUCAACUACCAGGGCAUGAAGCGCAACUACACCCUGGAGGGGGACAGCCUACAUUGGCUAGCGUGCUCCUUGUAUGUGGCUUGCAGAAAAGCCGUGCCAACUGUUAGCAGAGGAACCGUUGAAGGAAACUACGUAUCCUUAAUCAGAAUAUUGCGCUGCUCAGGGCAAAGUUUGAUAGAGUUUUUUAACAAGAUGAAGAAGUGGGAAGAUAUGGCAAAUCUACCCUCUCAGUUCAGAGAACGUACUGCAAGAUUAGAAAGGAACUUUACAGUUUCUGCUGUAAUUUUUAAGAAGUAUGAACCCAUUUUUCAGGAUAUCUUCAAGCACCCUCAAGAAGAUCAACCACGUCAGCAGAGAGGAAGAAAGCAAAGGAGACAACCUUGCACAGUCUCUGAGGUUUUUCAGUUUUGCUGGGUGCUGUUUGUUUAUGCAAAAGGCAAUUUUCCCAUGAUCAGUGACGACCUGGUCAAUUCCUACCAUCUUUUGUUGUGUGUCCUGGAUCUAGUAUAUGGAAAUACUCUUCAGUGCCCAAAUCGUAAGGAACUUCUGAAUCUUAGCUUUAAAGGAAUACCCGAAGACAUUCAUAGUAAAGAUUAUAAGCUGUUGUCUGAGCCUCCCUGCAUCAUUGAAAAACUCUGUUCCUUACAUGAUGGUUUGGUAUUGGACGCCAAGGGCAUCAAAGAGCAUUUUUGGAAGCCUUAUGUGAGGAAACUUUUUGAGAAAAAGAUUCUAAAGGGAAAAGAAGAAAAUCUAACUGGGUUUUUAGAUCCUGGGAAUUUUGGAGAGAGCUUCAAAGCCAUCAACAAGGCCUACGAGGAGUAUGUGUUAUCAGUGGGGAAUCUAGACGAGCGGAUAUUUCUUGGAGACGAUGCGGAUGAGGAAAUAGGAACUCUGCGGAGGUACUUGAACACAUCUUCGGGAAUGGAAACGGCAGAAAGAGUGCAAAUGAAAUACAGUCUGCAGGAGCAUUUUGAACGUACAAAAUCGUUUGGAAUAGCUACCCCUCUUACUGGCCGAAAGUAUGUAAAGGAGAGCGAUCCUUGUGUGAGCCCCAUUUCCACUGCGACGUACAGCUUGACCCGGCUUCAUACAAUGCUGACAGGGCUGAAAAAUGCCCCCAGUGAAAAUCUGGAGCAAAUUCUCAGGGCAUGUUCCAGAGAUCCUUCCUUGUCGAUCGCCAACAGAGUGAAAGAAAUGUAUGGAACUUACUGCCGGAGGACACAGCCUCAGGGAGAACCUGGCACCUUUUCCAAAGAUAUUGUUGGAAAACAUUUUCGCCUUGCAGAGGUCCUCUAUUAUAAGGUGUUAGAAUCAGUCAUUGAACAAGAGAAGAGAAGGCUAGGAGAUGUUGACUUAUCUGCAAUACUGGAGCAUGAUGUGUUUCACAGAUCUCUGCUAGCCUGCUGCCUUGAAAUAAUUAUUUACUCUUACCACUCAGCAGACAGUUUCCCGUUAAUCACCGACAUAUUUGAUGUCCCCGUCUUUCACUUUUAUAAGGUAAUAGAAAUUCUAAUUAGAGCAGAAGAUGGCCUUUGCAGAGAAGUGGUGAAGCACUUGAAUCAUAUCGAAGAGCAAAUUUUAGAAAGCCUAGCGUGGAAAGUGGAAUCCCCUCUCUGGGACAAGAUCAAGGAGAAUGAAAAUAAAGUUCCUACCUGUGAAGAGGUAAUGCCAUCUCACUAUUUCGAGAGGUCAGAUGGGAACAGCGUGUUGGGUUCUCCUUUAACUCCUAGGAGACUAAGUGAAGUUCGUGCUGAAGCUGGAGUGCUGGGAAAGGGACUUGCAUCUUCUCCAACCACGCUGUAUGAAAGAUACAGUUCUCCUGCAGGUAACCCUACCAGGAGAAGACUGUUCGUGGAUAAUGAUGCCCCCACAGACAGCACGCGGACCCCUGUGAGGGUCUCCCAGCAGCCUGUGAUCAGUACCGUGCCUGUGCAGAACGUCUCCCCAGAUACGAUUCCUGUCACUCCCGUGCCCGGGCAGACUCUAGUGACUGUGGCAACAGCAACUGUGACAGCAAAUAACGGACAGACAGUUACGAUACCAGUGCAAGGCAUCGCCAACGAGAACGGAGGGAUCACUUUCAUCCCAGUCCAGGUCAACGUUGGUGGGCAGGCUCAGCCGCUAUCCAGCUCCAUCCAGCCUCUCAGCGCACAGAGCCUCGCAGGGACCCUCAGCACUCAACAGAUGGCUGGGGCAGCCCUGCAGUUGCAGGGCCAGGUUGCUGUCCAACAGAUCGCACUUCCUGGAGACCAGCGGGCAAAGCAGCUGCCUGGCAGCAGCUGCGCAAAAUCCCGGAAGGCCGGCUCCCUCUCGCUCUUCUUUAGAAAGGUGUUCCACUUGGCGAGUGUCCGUCUGCGGGAUCUUUGCCUCAAACUGGAUAUUUCAGAUGAUCUGAGGAAGAAGAUCUGGACUUGUUUCGAGUUCUCCCUGGUUCAGCGCUCCGAACUCAUGAUGGAUCGACACUUAGACCAGCUGUUAAUGUGUGCUAUUUAUAUAAUAGCAAAGGUCACGAAAGAGGACACAUCAUUUCAGAACAUCAUGCGCUGUUAUCGGACUCAGCCACAAGCUAAGAGCCACGUGUAUCGAAGCGUCUUAAUUAAGGGCAGGCGGCGGAGGCGUUCAGGCAGCAGCGACAGUCAUCAGAACUCUCCGGCUGGAAAAAACGACCAAACAAGCAGAGACUCCAGCCCAGCGAUGAGAUCUAGCAGCACGUUACCCGUCCCCCAGCCCAGCAGUGCCCCCCCAACUCCCACGCGUCUGACCGGGGCCAACAGCGAUACCGAGGAAGAAGAGCGAGGGGACCUGAUUCAGUUUUACAAUAAUGUCUACACAGACCGAAUCGAGGACUUUGCCCGGAGGUAUUCCCCAGCCAAUGGAGGUGAAGCUCCCCCCUUGUCUCCGUACCCUUUUGUGAGAAGCGGCUCUCCACGCAAAGUACAACUGUCUCAGAACCACUUGAUUUACCUCUCCCCUCACAAAAACGAGUCUGUGCUUUCCCCACGUGAGAAAAUAUUCUACUACUUCAGCAGCAGCCCGUCCAAGAGGCUUCAAGAAAUCAACAGUAUGAUAAGAACUGGGGAGACCGUGACCAAGAAGAGGGGCAUCGUCCUGGAGGAGGGAGCCGAAUCGCCAGCCAAGCGCAUGUGCCCUGAAAACCACACCGCCCUCCUACGGCGACUGCAAGAUGUGGCCAAUGACAGAGGGGCUCAUUGACGUUGGUUACACUGAGCUGGGUUUGUUUUCUGACGCUCAGCCAGUAGGGACAGGGCUUA